AGGCUGGGCCACAAUUCGGAGCUUCAAUGGUAAAAGUUUAGUUCCCAUUAGCGCCUUAAGAGGACUAGUGUUUAGGAAAGAUUCAAGUUCAGUCAUACUUCGCAAGAACCGACUACCCAGAAGUUAAGCAAAGCGAGAUGUCGAACACGAGGAGAUUGUUCGAGCAACUGAGUUUUGCGAUAUUUCUUCUGUGUUGCUCAGUGUCCACAUAUGGGAAGCCGGUGGAUGAAAUCUCCAUUAUAAAGAAGAGGUCUGUCUCGGAGCACCAGUUCAUGCAUGACAAGAGCAGGGCUAUCCAGGAGCUACAGAGGCGGAUCUGGCUGCACAAUGUAAUGGGCGAGCUGCACACAGCAGAGGGCCGGCGGAUGACUCAGUCACAGCCGUCUCGCAACCCCAAACACCCGGCGACGUGGCCGGAUUCGCCGGACCUGGCCGUGCUCCUCAUCAAGCUGGAAGCCAACAACAACAGCAACAACGAGGGCACCAAGACUCCGCUGGAACAGGUACAAGAAACCAACAAGCCUGGUCCUUUCAAAUACCAGAACGCAAAAAAGAAUGGCAAGAGGAAGAAGCAAGGGAAAAACAACAAGCGCAAAGCGCACAGAGGUCGGGAGGAGAAGGGCAGCAGGCAUGCACGCUCCGCGGGCUCCGAAGUCGGGGAUCUCGGCAGCGGGUUCGACUCUGAGCCGCUCCCCACUGCCGCCUAUGGACGGUUGUGGCACUGA